GAUUUGUCCCUUCUGGGCUGCUCCUGUUCUGGCACGACACUGAGUCACGUGCAUAAUAACCAUGAUUCCACUGAGGAUACACUGAUACUUUAACCUGACUUGUAAUUGAGUAUUUUUUACUCCAUUACUCCUGUGUGUGUGUGUGUGUGUGUGUGUGUCUGUCUUACGCAUAAGAAGCGCGUACACGUGUGCAUGACUGUCCGUAUUAAGUUCUCGUGCACGCGUCUGCAUGUUUUCAUCAAGGUGUGCGCUGCCUCUCUGCGCGUGCACACUUGCAUGUCGUGUGUGAGCGCGCGCACGUCGCGUCUGCGUUGCCUCUCUCUCUCUCUCUCAGUUUGAGUAUCGACCUCCUUCACGCAGCAUCUCUUCUCUCCAUCCUCCAUCUCCACCCUCCACCUCCUCCGUCUCCACCUCCUUCUCCGCCGCCUCCGCCGCCUCAGCCUCACCCUCCAGCCUCAGCGCUGCUCUUCCUCUGCGGGUGGAUGGAGGCUGGAAGCCCCGGAGACACGCGCCAUGCACGGACUCCGCUGCCGUCAGCCCGCUGAGCACCUCCCUUCGCGCCGGGGACCACAUCCUUAAAUGACCCGCGGCUGAGGAGGGGGUGUCUCCGGAUCCAGCGCCCGGAUCAUGGCAUGCUGCCCACAGCGGGCAUCCAGCACUGACCAUGGGGCUCCGGUCCAGGACCGUCGCUAGCGGCUCGGAGGAGCAGAAGAAGACCUCCGGCGCUCCUCCUCCCGGGGACCUACUGGACCACAGCACCGGGGGAGCGGAUAAGGAUGGCGCCCUGCUGCUGGUGUCCGCGGGCCGGGAUAACUUCAAGCGGGGCUCUCAGGGCAUCGGCAUCGGGCUGCUGGCCAAGACCCCCCUGAACUACACCCGGCCGGCCAAGAGGAAUAACAUCCGCAAGAGGAGGAUCCAGAACCUGCUGUACGACGCGCUGGAGAGGCCGAGAGGAUGGGCGCUGCUCUACCACGCGUUCGUGUUUUUAAUCGUUCUGGGAUGUUUGAUUCUGGCCAUACUGACGACAUUCAGGGAACACGAGAAGGUGUCUGCACACUGGCUGGUUAUACUGGAAACCUUCGCCAUCUUCAUCUUCGGAGCAGAGUUUGCGUUGAGGAUUUGGGCGGCAGGAUGCUGCUGUCGCUACAAAGGAUGGAGGGGGAGGCUGAAGUUCGCCCGCAAACCGCUGUGUAUUUUAGACAUCUUUGUGCUGAUCGCCUCGGUGCCGGUGGUGGCGGUCCGGAACCAGGGUAAUGUUUUGGCCACAUCCCUGCGAAGUCUGCGAUUCCUGCAGAUUCUGCGGAUGCUGCGUAUGGACCGGAGGGGAGGAACCUGGAAACUGCUGGGGUCCGCCAUCUACGCACACAGUAAGGAGCUUAUCACGGCCUGGUACAUCGGCUUCCUGUCUCUGAUCCUUGCCUCCUUCCUGGUCUACCUGGUGGAGAAGGACGACGUCUCCGUGUCCAACAAUGAAGACCCCACUGCUCAGCCGCAAGUGCAGGACUUCGACACCUACGCCGACGCCCUGUGGUGGGGACUGAUCACACUGACCACCAUUGGUUACGGGGACAAAACCCCAAAGACCUGGGCUGGGCGACUGUUAGCCGGCACUUUUGCUCUGAUCGGAGUGUCCUUCUUCGCUUUGCCUGCAGGGAUCCUGGGAUCAGGCUUGGCUCUGAAGGUCCAGGAGCAGCACAGACAGAAGCACUUUGAGAAGCGCAGACAUCCAGCCGCCGGGCUCAUUCAGUCUGCCUGGCGAUAUUAUUCCACCAAUCCAAUCAGGGAAGACCUUAUUGCCACGUGGAGAUUUUAUGAAACCAUCAUCUCCCUUCCUUGUUUCAGGAAGGAUCACUUGGAUGCCAUGGCGAGCCAAAAACUGAGUAUACUCGAGCGUGUUCGCCUUCCCAAUGCACGGCCAUCGAUUGGGACAGCCAAGAAGCUCACAGGUAACGCCGACUCCGUAGAGGAAAGUCCUUCGAAGGAGCCGAAACCUGCCGGCUUCAGUAACCGGGAGCGCUUCCGCACCGCCUUCCGCAUGAAGGCCUACACUCUCCGCCAGAGCUCUGAAGAUGCCGGAGCCUUGGCAGAUCCAGCCUUAGAGGAGCGGGGCUUCCCCCCAGACAUCCUCAUGGAGGAGAUGAUCCCGACACUGAAACUGGUCAUCAGGGCAGUCAGGAUCAUGCAGUUCCUCUUGAACAAGAAGCGGUUUAAGGAAACUCUGAGGCCUUACGAUGUCAAAGACGUGAUUGAGCAGUACUCUGCCGGACACCUGGACAUGCUCUGUAGAAUUAAAUACCUCCAGACAAGGAUCGACAUGAUUCUUGCCCCUGGACCCCCCCUGACCCCCAAACAAAAGAAAACUCAGAAAACACCCUUUGCCUACCCGCCCAAUCAGUCACCCAGGCAUGAGUCCUACAUAGCCAAAGCCGCCUCCAUGCCAGAUGCUGAAGACCAAAGCAUGAUGGGUAGAUUCGUCAGGGUGGAGAGACAGGUGGAGGACAUGGAGAAGAAGUUGGACUUCCUGGUGGACAUGCACAUCCAGCACACUGAGCACCUGCAGGUGGACUCUGCCGGCGCCGCCCACAUGACCCUGGAGACCUGUGAUCCCACGGGGAACGGUGAGAUCCGUCAGGUUUUCUUCAACUACGCCGAGGCGUUCCCGCACAUGUCGUACCAGGUGCCUGUCAGCAAGGUGAAUCCGUAUUAUGGCAGAGGAAGAGGGGGUGCAGAGGGGACGGGGUUGGCUGCUGGAAGCUGCGCACCUUCAGACCAUCAACCCCCACCAUCACAGCUCCACCAGCGCCACCCUCAAGCCGCAAUCCCCACCUACACCGAACGUCCCACAGUGUUGCCCAUCAGCUCCCUGCAGGACUUGUCAGUGGGGCUGGGCAGGACCACAGGGGGGCGGGGGGGUGACUCGCCACUCUCCAUGCUAUCGGUGAACCACGAGGAGCUGGAGCGCUCGCCCAGCGGGUUCAGCAUCUCUGGGGAGCGGGAGGAACGGGAGGACUUAUCAAUGGGGGCCGGGGUGGCGACAGGGGACGCCAGCUGGACAAGACCCAGACCAAGCUACCUGGCGGAGGGAGAGACGGACACGGACACGGACCCCUUUACACCCAGUGGGGGGCCCCUGCCACUCUCCUCCACGGGGGAGGGCUUCGGUGACGCUGUGUGGAACACGCCGCCCUGAGAGGCGUCCGUGUGACCACACAGCAAUCCACAACUCUGAGUCAAGACCUUAAAUCCAACCCAUGCCUCUAAACCCAAAUCAGUUUGGGUCAAAGCCACACCUCUGGACCAAACCACUUGGAGGAAAGGUGGGUCUAAUCCGCCUUGAUGCUGCAAGGUCGUGAGCGAGGUCAUCAACCUUCGGAGGCCAACGCUGAUCUCAUCAACUGACCGUCCAGACAGAGAGCCAUGGCAUCGAGACUGCCCAGAAAAAAAGGGAAAGCAGACAGUUUGUAAAGUAAAACUCUGUACAGCGCACUCUUCGCAAAAAUUUAGCUAAAAUAAAAAAGAACAUUAAUAUACAUACUAUAUACACCCAAAAGCUUUAUCGCUGCAAAGCCAACCGCACUGCAUGUAACGCAUGCGAUUUUUAGUGUAGACACUGCAAAGUUCAGGAUAUCAGGAAACGGAAAAAGCGAUUGAAUGGAUACAUAUACUUGCUAUGCCAUUUUGUAACACUUAUUUUUUUAUAUGAAUACAUUUUCAUUGUUUUUGCAUGGUUUGCAUGAUAAUGCACCAUCGUAGGAGGAGUGACUGAUGGAGGGUGAUACUGGAACCAAAAGUCUCCUGUCUCUUUGUUUUGUAUGUUGUUUGGUGAGUGUGUUUCUGAGUGUGUGUGUGAAUGAAAGACAAAGAGGGAACUUGAGUAACAAAACACUGGUUAGUUGCUGGCAGUCGUGUUUCACCAUUUCUGCUUAUCUCUCACGUCGUGCUGUAAAUCCUUUGAGGAUCGGUUCUGUCCUGAUCCGCCGUCACUUUGUGUUCACACCACACUGUGCUCUUGAGUUGUAUGUCACCACGUUAUGCAUACCAACGUUCCAGUUAAGAAAAAAAUCAACAGAAUUUGAAACACUAAAUCUGCUGCUUUGCUGGCACAUGAAUUCAGGGAUAUAAACCACCUGUGCGUCUUUAAUUUACAAAGGCUGCUGAGCAUCUCGACUGCCAAGUUCAGUUUAUCUCCGCUUAAAAAAGACCUGAUGAUCCAACUUCUUUAACCCUGACUAUACACAAAAGAAAACUUUGAUAUGACUCAUUAUGUUACGUUCACACGUUACAGUGUUGUUUGUGCCAAUACAACUUUACUGCAUUUGAAAUGUAUGAUCCAAAACUGACUCACUUGAAGUCAUUCACUCAUCGAAAAGUAGUCGUUCGUUGAACUUUUUAGGGAUUUUCUACUGCAAAGAUGCAACAAAUACAGCACAGUACCUGAAGAAGUAAACAUGCAUACUCUAAAGCAGCUUAAAGUCUCAUUAUUUUUUCUAUGAUCUCCUUAAAUCUUCACCACGUGGGUCAUUUUGAAGCUCUAUUUGCACUAAACGAUGAUUACAUUUAGAGUUUUAAUGCUCGUAGAGGCCAUCUGUGUUUUGAAUCCCCCACGCCAGGUCUGAAAUCUGUAACAUAUAAAAUGUCAUUACAGUUUCCCCAAACACAGAGUGUAAUUAAAACUGAGGAAUUAUGUUUUGGGUAAAAAUUCAGGAGGUUUCCUCUGAAUUAAAGAUGGACUAUCUUAAUUAUGGUUAUUAUUAUUCAUUAGAGUUAUCCUGACAAACACAAUUAAAACGUUUUCCCAUGAGUCACUAAAUGUUGCCAUCAACCAAUAUCAGCAUCAGACAUGUAAAAAUCAGUUAUGAACAUUCAAUUAUGAAUCAAAUGUUUGUGAAUUGGCAGCAAGACGUUUUCCCAGCUGUCCACAAACUCGUCUUUAAAACGUCAUUGUGUCGUUUUAUCUAAAUUUCUUCACAGAUGACUGAACAGUUCAUCUGCACAACUAUAAUGUCCAGGUACGAACACAAACUCACACACUGUAAGCAACAACACCACGUACGGGAAAAGUCAGGAGGUUCAGACGAACUUUACAGGAGAUCACACGAAGGCCUAAACAGCAUUUACUACUUUAGAUUUAGGACGACACAAAUACUGAAUGUAAUAUCCGACAACCAACUAUAUCUACGCACAGUUAGCAUGUUAAAGCACCUUCAGAGUCAGGUGAGUUUCAUAGAGGGGCUUCCACGCCGGGCUUCAACAGGAUGUGUUGUAACCUGCUUAGAGUGAUCACGCACGACUGUUUGAGUGGAGUUUGAACACAAUUUUGUACAUAAGUAAAGUACACAAAACACAAAAGUACCAAAAACUGGCAGAAGUGAGUCAGUCUCCAUAAGUCCCCAUGUCCAAAAACUUCA